CCCCUGGGUAUGACUAGCAUGCUCAGCUGGCUGUGGGUUCAUUCGUGUUUUGAGUGUACUGAGGUCACAGCACAGUAAUUUUUCCAAUCCAUGACAUUACAGCAGAGUGGCUUUAAAUUAAGAAGCCUUUCCAUGUAUUUUAGAUUAAAGUUACAGACUUAAAGAAACAAAACAAACUAAGUGCCUUUUAAAAAAAAAAAAACUAGGUACCUGGGAUAUAUUUCUUGGAUUGGAUUACCUCACGUCUUCCCUGAGGUGGCUGUGUCAUCCUUACCCACAAGGCUGGAAAGCUGACAACAGAAUGGCUGGGAUCUUAUUGCCGAUGGUUCUCUCUCUGCUCAUGCAGGGCUGUUUGUGCAGUGUUGGAGAGACUGACAGAGGCUGCAUGAAAUGGACAUCAAAAGGAGAAGAUGUUUGCUGUGAAGCCUGUCAUCCUGGACACCGUGUGGUUACAAAAUGUGGCCGAAACCCGAAAGAACUUUGUACUCCUUGUAAGAAUGGUACAUUUUUAGAGGACCCUAAAGAUUCCAGGUGUUACCCGUGUACACAGUGUGUAGGUGCUCAAGUGUAUGUGAAACAGUGCACAACCUCAACUGACACACAGUGUGGCUGUAAAGAAGGAUUCACCUGUGGUAAUGACCGCUGCACCUUCUGCGUUAAAAAGUGUGACAAAGGUCAAGAACCCGCAGAGAAACGUUCAUGCAGGACGUGUCCAGAUGGACGCUUCAAUGACCAGAUUCACCAGAUGUGUAAACCCUGGAGUACCAAGUGUCCCAAUCCAGCUCAACAUAUUGUGGCCAAUGGAGAUGCAUUUACUGACAUUAAGUGUGCUGAUGCCUCACCUGUCCCAGUGAUCAAGCCAGAGAAACCUGAUCCCACAGAGCCGGCAUCGCCAUUCGCCUUAUUUGCGGUCAUCAGUAUAGUAGUGCUGAUGGCCUUUGGCAUCGGCAUCAUCAUCAUCAUCACCAAGAAAGUCUCCCAGAAAAGAAAGGACGAAGAAGAAGGACAAAAGCCAACCACAAAGACACUGAUAAUCAGACCCCCUACAGAUGAUGAUGAUCCAAGGACUUUACAAGCAAUUGAAUGCAGCUUCCACGAGGCCCAGCAAGAGCAGGGCAGCAGCUCAGAGUCGCUUGACUCCAAGGACUCCUCAGACCGGCUCAUUGCAUGAAUGGGACCGGGUCAGACCGCCACUCUGAAGGUUGUGUUUUUGCUGAAUUUGGUGAAAGGAAACAGGAUAUCCUCAAAAGAACGGGGCCCUUCUUUGUAAUACUGAGCCACAGGUUUGAAGGGGCCGUCUCGUUUACCCAGCUGUCUUUUAUUUAUUUUCCUUUUACCAGAAUAACCAAAGCUACUGUGAACAUUUGAAGGUCAGGUUAUCGCUCUACCAUGACACCAGGAUACAAGUACAGUGAUCUUUUGAUAAUACAAUAAAUAUAUACUCAGGGGAGGAAGGGGAAUUCUGGGAGGGGAAAAAACAAAGUGGACUUACAAGUCAUCUAUUCAUCAUGUUAAUUGUAGUAGACAGUGAGGGUGUGUUUUUCCCUUUCAGUUACGUUUGAAAGAUAACAUAGUCGUAAAAUAGCUGUGAAAGGUUUUGAAUAAUGGGAAUGAGUUUGGCAGCUGAUAAUGGUAAAACAGCAUACCUUAUAAAGUCACCGGACCAGUCGAUUAUGAAGUAUAAUACUGUAGCAUUUGAAUGAGUGUGCGUGAGUUUCGCUACUCUGGUAUUUGCAUGUGUGAGCGGUAAAGCUGCUGAGUGUUGCUCUGUGUGAAUGUACAGUGUAGGUGGGUGUAAAAGUCUGACAGCAGACAGGUUUUAGUCACGCCUGAGGUUUAACAAACAUGUGCCUCCUAAAAUAGGUGUUUUGUUUGAGAUAGGCUCCAGUAGCCAACCUAGUUACCUACAGUUUACUGCUGAAUAUGUAAAUUAUCUAACCCUGGUUAUGCUGCAGCAGCCAAACUAGAAGAAUGCCACGUCUAUCAGGGUUUUCUGUGGUGAAACAUUUAUGAUAUAUCAGAGGAUAGCUUGUUGCUUUUUGUCUGUUUUUGGUUUAUUACCAGUAUUUAAAUAUGUCUAUAGAAACACAGAAGAUGAUAGCUUUAGCGUACUAUUGUAGGUCAAACAAAGCAAUCGCGUUGAAGAUAUAAUAAAGCCUCCUCCAGCCUACUUAACAUUACCUGGAACUAUUUGGACUUUCCUACUUCAUUGGUGACAAAAAGUCCAGUGAAGGGAGUUUCCCUUUUUGUCGUUAGGCAAUCCUAUAAUAUGUUAUGGGGGAUCUACAGUACAGUACACAGUUUGCAUAUCUACAGUAUCUUAUGUUUUUUUUUUUAUAUGAGGUAGAGAUUUGGUUACAACACUUCCUGAACAAGCUUAGGCAUGCCCCUUGAGCAAGUGUUGGGCAACAAUAUUUACCCUGAUUAAAUGUCAGAUGUGAAAUGUGUGAAUUCCCAAUAGAUGCGUCAUGUGGGAAAUCCUCGGGAGAUACAUGUAAAAUAUAAAGUAUACAUGGUAUCAAAAUGAAGCUCAAGGGUCAUGUGGAAACCCCCCCCCCAGUCAGUGCUGUACUUCUCAUUGCUUUUGCUUAUCCUUCUUGCACAAUGGAGUGGGCAGCUAGAUCAGACCAAGUGGAACUUUUUUUUCAUAAACGCGUGUCUUUUCUGAACUAUAGCAGGCGUAUAUCUUUAUCUGAAAUGGAACAUUUGAGAAGUGUGCUAUGUGGGCUGAGGGUUAAAACGUUAGUCCACAACUUGAGUAUAGUGAUGUCUGCUGACAGACCGCAAAGUUCACAUGCGCUGCCUUGACAACCACAGUACAGUCUAAUGUACGUCAUACAGUAACAAGAGCUGUAGCACUUUAUCUGUCAACUGUUAUCUGAUUAAUGUCACGCACUUCUGCUAUGUUUGGUAUGUGAAUUUGUAUCUUUCUGCCUUAUCAUAUUUUUUUUUACAAGACUUGUUUUUAUAUGUCGUCAGAAACGUCCAUUACACUGCAGUGUGCAGUCUGUUGUAUAUUUUU